ACAACAAAUACAGCAACAUAUAUCACUACAACAAUGUUAGGAAACAAAACUACAGAAGGCCCAAUCAUAACUUCUAAGACACAUACAACUGAAAUUGUAGAAACCAUUGUCUCAGAAACAACUACAAAAAACAGCGAAGGAACAACUAUAUCAUCAAAGCCCUCCCUUUCUACAACAACUACACCAGGCCCUUUCAGCAUCUCCCAGAGAGCUACAACAAAGUUUGUUGAAACAACUGGCUCAGAAACAACAACUGUAAACAUUGGCUCAACAAAACCUCCAAAAGUUGUCACAACAGGCCCGGUGACUGGCUCCAUUACAGAAGUUGUUGAAACUACAACUGCAGUACCUGAAGUCAUGACAACAAGUCAGGAAGCAGUUGUAACAUCUAAGCCAUCCAUUGUUACCAAAACCACAACAACACCAGCCAGAACCACUGGAGGAUUUACAACAAACGCUUCUGGAACUACAACAUCCGAAGGUCAAGAAACAACUGUAAGUACAAGAAAGCCUGUUGAAGCAACCACUGUUCAACUAACAUCCUCCACCACAGCAGUUCUUGAAACCACAACUUCAGUGCCAGGGGCAACUACAAAAAGCAGCGAAGGAACAACUAUAUCAUCAAAGCCCUCCCUUUCUACAACAACUACACCAGGCCCUUUCAGCAUCUCCCAGAGAGCUACAACAAAGUUUGUUGAAACAACUGGCUCAGAAACAACAACUGUAAACAUUGGCUCAACAAAACCUCCAAAAGUUGUCACAACAGGCCCGGUGACUGGCUCCAUUACAGAAGUUGUUGAAACUACAACUGCAGUACCUGAAGUCAUGACAACAAGUCAGGAAGCAGUUGUAACAUCUAAGCCAUCCAUUGUUACCAAAACCACAACAACACCAGCCAGAACCACUGGAGGAUUUACAACAAACGCUUCUGGAACUACAACAUCCGAAGGUCAAGAAACAACUGUAAGUACAAGAAAGCCUGUUGAAGCAACCACUGGUCAACUAACAUCCUCCACCACAGCAGUUCUUGAAACCACAACUCCACUGCCAGGGGCGACUACACAAAGCAGUGAAGGAACAACUAUAUCAUCAAAGCCCUCCCUUUCUACAACAACUACACCAGGCCCUUUCAGCAUCUCCCAGAGAGCUACAACAAAGUUUGUUGAAACAACUGGCUCAGAAACAACAACUGUAAACAUCGGCUCAACAAAACCUCCAAAAGUUGUCACAACAGGCCCGGUGACUGGCUCCAUUACAGAAGUUGUUGAAACUACAACUGCAGUACCUGAAGUCAUGACAACAAGUCAGGAAGCAGUUGUAACAUCUAAGCCAUCCAUUGUUACCAAAACCACAACAACACCAGCCAGAACCACUGGAGGAUUUACAACAAACGCUUCUGGAACUACAACAUCCGAAGGUCAAGAAACAACUGUAAGUACAAGAAAGCCCGUUGAAGCAACCACUGGUCAACUAACAUCCUCCACCACAGCAGUUCUUGAAACCACAACUUCAGUGCCAGGGGCAACUACAAAAAGCAGUGAAGGAACAACUAUAUCAUCAAAGCCCUCCCUUUCUACAACAACUACACCAGGCCCUUUCAGCAUCUCCCAGAGAGCUACAACAAAGUUUGUUGAAACAACUGGCUCAGAAACAACAACUGUAAACAUCGGCUCAACAAAACCUCCAAAAGUUGUCACAACAGGCCCGGUGACUGGCUCCAUUACAGAAGUUGUUGAAACUACAACUGCAGUACCUGAAGUCAUGACAACAAGUCAGGAAGCAGUUGUAACAUCUAAGCCAUCCAUUGUUACCAAAACCACAACAACACCAGCCAGAACCACUGGAGGAUUUACAACAAACGCUUCUGGAACUACAACAUCCGAAGGUCAAGAAACAACUGUAAGUACAAGAAAGCCCGUUGAAGCAACCACUGUUCAACUAACAUCCUCCACCACAGCAGUUCUUGAAACCACAACUCCACUGCCAGGGGCAACUACAAAAAGCAGUGAAGGAACAACUAUAUCAUCAAAGCCCUCCCUUUCUACAACAACUACACCAGGCCCUUUCAGCAUCUCCCAGAGAGCUACAACAAAGUUUGUUGAAACAACUGGCUCAGAAACAACAACUGUAAACAUUGGCUCAACAAAACCUCCAAAAGUUGUCACAACAGGCCCGGUGACUGGCUCCAUUACAGAAGUUGUUGAAACUACAACUGCAGUACCUGAAGUCAUGACAACAAGUCAGGAAGCAGUUGUAACAUCUAAGCCAUCCAUUGUUACCAAAACCACAACAACACCAGCCAGAACCACUGGAGGAUUUACAACAAACGCUUCUGGAACUACAACAUCCGAAGGUCAAGAAACAACUGUAAGUACAAGAAAGCCCGUUGAAGCAACCACUGUUCAACUAACAUCCUCCACCACAGCAGUUCUUGAAACCACAACUCCACUGCCAGGGGCAACUACAAAAAGCAGUGAAGGAACAACUAUAUCAUCAAAGCCCUCCCUUUCUACAACAACUACACCAGGCCCUUUCAGCAUCUCCCAGAGAGCUACAACAAAGUUUGUUGAAACAACUGGCUCAGAAACAACAACUGUAAACAUUGGCUCAACAAAACCUCCAAAAGUUGUCACAACAGGCCCGGUGACUGGCUCCAUUACAGAAGUUGUUGAAACUACAACUGCAGUACCUGAAGUCAUGACAACAAGUCAGGAAGCAGUUGUAACAUCUAAGCCAUCCAUUGUUACCAAAACCACAACAACACCAGCCAGAACCACUGGAGGAUUUACAACAAACGCUUCUGGAACUACAACAUCCGAAGGUCAAGAAACAACUGUAAGUACAAGAAAGCCUGUUGAAGCAACCACUGGUCAACUAACAUCCUCCACCACAGCAGUUCUUGAAACCACAACUUCAGUGCCAGGGGCAACUACAAAAAGCAGCGAAGGAACAACUAUAUCAUCAAAGCCCUCCCUUUCUACAACAACUACACCAGGCCCUUUCAGCAUCUCCCAGAGAGCUACAACAAAGUUUGUUGAAACAACUGGCUCAGAAACAACAACUGUAAACAUUCGGCUCAACAAAACCUCCAAAAGUUGUCACAACAGGCCCGGUGACUGGCUCCAUUACAGAAGUUGUUGA